AAAAAGAAGGGAAGGGAAGUGUAUUCCACAAAACUGUCAAUACCUUCUUCUUCUUCUUCUUCUACUUCACCCCUACUGCUCAUUCUCAGUUAAUAGUGCAGAAAUAUUUCCAAUAAAACUGGCAAAAGAGACAAUUCAAGGAUCCAUAAAAAAAAAUUGUUAGUCACUUCUCUUCUGACAUCUUGUUUAGUAAGAGAAAAGCUGUACUAAUUGGGUUGACUUGAGAGUCUAAAUGGAUAUUGCUAAUUGAAUUAGCUCUAUUGAGUUGGUUAAGCAAUGAAGAGUACAAUGAACUGGAAAAAUAAAAGAGCAGAAUCAGCUUUAAAAGGCGUUGCUUCUCGAAAUUUGACCAUAUUUCUCUGUAUUGUCUGCUUCUGUGCUGGAAUGCUCUUCACCCACAGAAUGUGGAAAGUGCCUGAAGCUAAAAGCAUAUCAAGGACAACACAGGUUGAUGAUCAAAAGUGGAAGGAUGUAAAAAGUGAAUCCAAGGAUAUUCUUGGGGAAGUUUCAAAGACGGAUCAUGCUAUACAAACCCUGGAUAAAACAAUCUCAAAUCUGGAGAUGGAAUUAGCUGCAGCGAGGGCGUUGCAGGAUUCUAUAAUGAGUGGUUCUCCAAUAACUCAAGAUUUGAAGAUCCCUGAAUUAACCAAGAAGAGAAAAUAUCUCAUGGUCAUAGGGAUAAACACUGCCUUUAGCAGCCGGAAAAGAAGAGACUCAGUUCGUGCUACCUGGAUGCCACAAGGUGAUAAGCUAAAGAAGCUUGAGGAGGAAAAAUGCAUUGUCAUUCGGUUUGUAAUAGGACACAGUGCAACAUCAGGUGGCAUUCUUGAUAGAGCAAUUGAAGCAGAAGAAAAGAUGCAUGGAGAUUUCCUGAGGCUGGAACAUGUUGAGGGAUACCUUGAACUAUCAGCCAAGACAAAGAGCUAUUUUACUACUGCUAUGUCUCUCUGGGAUGCAAAUUUCUAUGUCAAAGUUGAUGACGAUGUGCAUGUAAAUAUUGGAGCGCUCGCGGCAAGUCUAACUAGACAUCGCUCAAAACCCAGGGUAUAUAUUGGUUGCAUGAAGUCUGGUCCUGUCCUUGCGCAGAAGGGAGUGAGAUAUCAUGAACCUGAGCAUUGGAAAUUUGGUGAGGACGGAAACAGGUAUUUCCGACAUGCAACAGGCCAGCUGUAUGCCAUCUCAAAAGAUCUGGCCACCUAUAUAUCUAUAAACCGGCAUAUUCUACAUAAGUAUGCUAACGAGGAUGUAACAUUGGGAUCAUGGUUCAUUGGAUUGGAUGUGGAACAUAUAGAUGACCGUAAAUUGUGUUGUGGAACUCCACCUGAUUGUGAGUUGAAAGCUCAAGCAGGCAACAUCUGUGUUGCUUCCUUUGAUUGGAGCUGCAGUGGUAUUUGCAAGUCUGUAGAGAGGAUUAAGGAGGUUCAUCGCCGUUGUGGGGAAGGUGAGAAUGCUUUGUGGAGCACCAUCUUCUGAUAUUUCCACAUUUCUCCAAUCUCUGGAGCCUGCAUGUAAAUUUUAAGGACUCUUUAAAAUGUCUAUCUCCAAGAAGUUCUCAGUUUGUAAAGUAUGAACUGUACAUCCAUCAACAUGUAAAGUCAAGUGUAAACAACCAUUCUUUGUAGAUCUUAGGAAACUGAUAAAUGUAUACAGCUAUAUAUCAACGAGCCUUUGCUGUUU